AUGAUUUGUGGGAUCUGUAAAGAACAAGAAUCAAAAUAUAAAUGUCCGAAAUGUUCUGUUACAUAUUGUUCAAUUAAAUGUUAUAAAUCACCGGAGCAUUCUCAUGAUAAUAUCACAGAAAGUACUGCUACUGGUACUACUACCAGAACAAUAAAAACAACUACAGAGAUCGCUGUUCCAGAGAUACAACCUGAUGAUAGAUAUGGUAAAUUAUUAAAAGAUGAACAAAUUGUGUAUUUCUUAAAGCAACCAAGUUUACAGAUUCAUCUAUUAACAAUCAUAAAAAUCUUAAAUGAUCCUACAUUCACUCAAAAAAACUUAACUAUUGAACAAAAACUAGAUAUUGCAAAUUUAAAAAUCAACGAUUUAAGAAUUGGGGGAGUUGAAGAGAACGAAUUAGUUGAAGAAUUCAUUCAACGUGUAUUAUAUCUUAUCAAAGACGAAUAA